AUGGCAGUACAACACAUCACAGAGAAUAGCAACAACGACGUGAAGGGUAGCUUCCUAGAAGCGACCUCGUCCGGUAGGGUUCGUCAUGAGCUGCAGGUGACACCAGACCGUCAUCAAGCUACUGCGCUGAAGAACAAACAUCUGCUUAAAAUCACUACAUGGAAUGCUAGAACAAUGAAUAAAGCUGGAAAGUUGGAAAACAUCAAGGAGGAAAUGAACAGAUUGCACAUCAAUUUCAUGGGCAUAUCUGAGAUGAGAUGGACAGGAGCUGGAGCUAUAUCAUCAGAAAACCAUAAGAUCAUAUACUCAGGAGGCGAACAGCACGAACGAGGAGUUGGCAUCAUCGCAGACUCGAAAACAUCGAAGGCUUUACUAGGAUACUGGGCCGUUUCUGACCGCAUUCUAUUUUAUGCCCAGUUAGAUCAGGCAUACUCGCAGUGCAAAUCCCAGGAUAUCAUCAUUGUUAUGGGGGAUUUCAAUGCUAAAGUUGAUAACGAGAGGGUAGACAACAUCGUGGGUCCUCAUGGACUAGGAAGCCGUAAUGAGAGAGGGGAGAUGCUGGUGGAAUGGGCGCAAACGAACAACAUGAUAAUUGGAAACACCUGGUUUAAGCAAUCACCAAGAAGUCUGUGGACAUGGUUGAGUCCAGAUGACCACACCCGGAAUCAGAUUGAUUACAUUCUUGUUAAUAAACGCUUUCGUAACUCUCUUUUGGCAUCCAAAACGUUAUCAGGAGCAGACUGUUACAGCGAUCAUGUUCCAGUGAUGGGCCGUAUUAGGGCCAAGAUGAGAAAACUAAAGAAACCUACCCUAAGGGAACAACUAGAUGUAUCAUUACUCCAGAAAGAUAACACUAUAAAGGAGAAGUACGCUGUAGAGGUAAAGAACAGGUUCAGUGCUUUAGAGGGUCUUGAUUCCAUCGAGGAUCAUUGGAAGGGCUUGAAGGUUUCGAUCAUGGAUGCAGCAAACGAAGUGCUACCAAGGGUAGGAAGAACAACAAAGAAGAAAUGGAUGACAGAUGAAAUAUUGCUUAUGGAGAGAAGGGGGGCUUCUAAGAACAACAAAGAAGCUUAUCAACAUCUAAACAAGCAGAUUACCAUCAAAUGCAAUGAAGCAAAAGAAGCUUGGCUUACUGAAAAAUGCAAAGAGGUUGAGAAACAUCAUAACUCUGAUUCAAGAGCCAUGCAUAAAAAGAUCCAUGAAAUUACCAACAAGAAGACUCAAUCAUCAUCAGGAUGUCUUAAAUCAAAGACGGGGGGCAUCAUCAUGGAAUGUGACAAGAUCCUGGAGAGGUGCUCAGAAUACUUGAUUGAACUCUUUGAUGAUGAGAGGAACACGGAAUGUACUAUCGACUUAGAAAUGAGUGGUCCACCCAUCAUGGAAGAUGAAGUAAGGCAUGCUGUAAGAAAAAUGAAAAAAGGUAAAGCUCCAGGGCCUGAUAACAUCACUCUAGAAAUUAUACUAGCCCUAGAUGAAUAUGGCAUUAACUUACUGACAUCUCUGUUGAACAAGAUCUACGACACAGGUAUGAUGCCACUAGACCUUUUAAAGUCUGUCUUCAUCGCUCUACCCAAGAAGCCAGGAGCAACAGAAUGUGAAAACCAUCUGACCAUAAGCCUGAUGAGUCAAGUGACAAAAAUACUCCUGAAGAUUAUCACCAAUAGAGUCAGGAAUAAAAUUAAGCCGGAGAUUACUGAAGAACAAUGCGGUUUUGUGGAAGGAAAGGGCACGGCCAAUGCUAUAUAUAUUCUGAGAAACAUCAUUGAAAGGUCACUGGAAGUACAGAAAAACAUCUACAUGUGCUUUAAAGAUUAUACUAAAGCAUUUGACAAAGUAAGACACGAUGAAAUCAUUAACAUCCUAGAGCAACUGCACAUAGAUGGAAAAGACCUGCCGGCAUGCUACGCGUGGUUCAACCAGCGAGUGCAAACCCUGCUCUUGCUUGGAAUCCACAUCCACCACCUGCUGGCUUCACGAAUCCCUGAUCGAGUUACCUGUAGGCAAUUAGGUGUCACGGCGUGGAUACAGCAAACACAGAUUUCCCCGCUCCCUUGCCGGCUCUGCACCAACCUCUCCCCUCGCAAUAUUUUUUCCGCUUGUCCUCGGUGUCCUGAUGAUUAUGCCCAAUUAGCAAGAAACUGCGUUAAUCCUGAAGAGAAAUCCAGUGCUAGAGUUUUUAAGAGUUGUCGUGACUUCAACUUCGUUCUGACAACUUCUGUGACAUCACUGGUGCCAAGCUGCAUGGGCACUUACCUUCCCUUGGAUUGCAUGAUGUUGAUAUGGGGCCCUGCCGCAUGGAUAAUAGCUUAUCUUCUGUAUCAGCGUUGUUCAGGCUUGCACCCUGGAGAGGACACUUCAGCGCCGCUGCAUAGUGUCAACACAACACGAGAAAUGACAAUUACCGGCUAUAAGCCUGGGUCACGAUUGGUGUUGAAGAUUUUUGUCCUUAUUUUUAUACCAAUAGACAGGCCUGUUCUUAUGGACUGCCCCAUAUGUUCAAGAAUUCUAUGCUUGAACCAAUGUGUUAAUCCAAUAUACCUAGUAUUACAGCUAGGACAGUUACACAUAUGUACAAUGUUUGAACAUAAGUCUGAAGCGAAAGACUUUAAAAAAGUGCUGAUAAUCCUGCGUAAGGAUGUCAUGUGUGUUCUCAAGACAAUAGAGCUUUCUGUUCUGUUUCUUGAUCUCAUGGUCAAGAAGCUUGUAUAG